GGAGUGGCCAAAGCCAAAAGCAGCGAUCCCGAUCAGAUUUCACCUAAACCAGCUGGGAAAGAGAGAGAGAGAGAGAGAGAGAGAGAGAGGGGGGGGGUUUGUCAGUCUCCCUCCUCCCAAAUCCAGAAGAAGAUUGCCAAGGAAAAAAAAGGAGGAGCGCAGAGAGAGAGAGAGAGAGAGAGGAGCGAAUCCACAGGAAUUCCACAGGAUAUUUUCUCCGGUUUUUUUUUUUCUUCCCCUUUCUGCGUGUCUUGCUGUUAAAAUUUAAAAGUUGGAGGCGAGGCAGCGGGGACCGUGGUCAAGCAUGGACGAGCAGCCGCGGUUGAUGCACUCCCACGGGGUGGGCAUGGCCGGACACCCCGGCCUGGCGCAGCAUAUGCAGGACGGCUCGGCGGGGACGGACGGAGAGGGACGGAAGCAGGACAUCGGAGACAUACUACAGCAAAUCAUGACCAUCACAGACCAAAGCUUAGAUGAAGCUCAGGCGAGGAAACAUGCUCUCAACUGCCACAGAAUGAAACCUGCUCUCUUCAAUGUCUUGUGUGAAAUAAAGGAGAAAACCGUGCUCAGUAUCCGUGGUGCCCAGGAGGAGGAGCCUCCAGACCCCCAGCUGAUGCGACUGGACAACAUGCUGCUGGCAGAGGGCGUGGCUGGUCCUGAGAAAGGGGGCGGAUCCGCAGCGGCCGCCGCCGCUGCAGCCGCCACUGGGGGCGUCGGUGCCGACAACUCAGCAGAACACUCGGACUAUCGGGCCAAGCUGUCUCAGAUCCGACAGAUUUACCACACGGAACUGGAGAAGUAUGAGCAGGCGUGCAAUGAGUUCACCACCCAUGUGAUGAACCUGCUGAGGGAGCAGUCUCGAACACGGCCAAUCUCGCCCAAGGAGAUCGAGCGCAUGGUCAGCAUCAUCCACCGCAAGUUCAGCUCCAUCCAGAUGCAGCUGAAGCAGAGCACCUGUGAGGCCGUGAUGAUCCUGCGCUCGCGCUUUCUCGAUGCCAGGCGAAAGAGAAGGAACUUCAACAAACAGGCAACAGAGAUUCUCAACGAGUACUUUUAUUCCCAUCUGAGUAAUCCAUAUCCAAGUGAGGAGGCCAAGGAAGAACUGGCCAAGAAAUGCAGCAUCACAGUCUCACAGGUAUCAAACUGGUUUGGGAACAAGAGAAUCCGGUACAAGAAAAACAUUGGCAAAUUCCAAGAAGAGGCCAACAUGUACGCAGCAAGGACUGCAGUCAACGCGACCAGCGUGUCGGCCCACGGCAGUCAGGCAAACUCCCCGUCAACUCCCAAUUCAGCAGGUUCUGCUGGCUCUUUUAAUAUGUCAAACUCCGGAGACUUGUUCAUGAGUGUGCAGUCCCUCAAUGGGGACUCGUACCAAGGGGGGCAGGUUGGGGCCAACAUACAAUCCCAGGUGGAUACCCUUCGCCAUGUUAUCAGCCAGACCGGAGGAUACAGUGACAGCCUCGCAGCCAGCCAGAUGUACAGUCCACAGGGCAUCAACACAAAUGGGGGCUGGCAAGAUGCACCGACUCCUUCAUCAGUGACAUCACCCACAGAAGGACCCGGAAGUGUUCAUUCGGAUACUUCCAACUGAAUCCGUCAAUCUCGACACCCACCCACAUGAAAUGGACUGACCUUGUUAUUCACAGUAUUAAACAAUGGAGUUCACUGUCCCACAGUUUGGAGAGGUACUGUGAAAUCCCAUCUGAAAUAAAUCCUCUACAACAAUGUUGGACAUUUGGGAUACAAACAAAGAAAAAAAUUUAAAUCCUUCCGCAAUCAAUUCAGACCUUUGUACAGAUUUCACCUUCUAUACCUAGGGCUGGGGUUACUUAAUCACUUGUAAUGUUUUCACUCAUGCUGAUAAAAUAUUAUUAACUAAAUCAAACAAUUGGUUUUAACUGAAAAUACUUCAUUCUACCUCUCAGCCAUUAAAGUAAAUAGGAAAAAACUGUCAGUGACCAUCAUUUGUUUUGUAAAAAUGAAACUUUUGUCUUUGCAAGCAAGAGGCACAUCUUCUUACUUACAUUUUGUUGUCUCUCACUUAUUCUAUGGUACGCCAUUUAGACUUAAAUAUUGCUCAGUUGUUUACAAUGUGUGCUUGAUAAAGUAUGUUCAUUCUUCCUCCGUGUCUCCGACAAGUCAAAACAGAGCUCUGUCAGGAGAUUUUACCUCUAAGGUAACCCUGUGAAGUAUGUUAUCUGUAAAACAAUAAAUAAAUACUUGUCAUCAAA